UUUGAGAAUACCAAACCCACCGUGACGCUACGACACAGUGCUAGCGAUCGGUGAAGGGUUCCGUGGGUCAUGGACGAGGAAGGUAAAUAAAAGCGAAGCGCUGAACAACACGCUGCGGUUGGGUUCACUCUGCGGCAACUUUUUUUUUAACGUUACGGUUGGAGAAGACGUGCCGGAGAAGACCGCAGAGGAACGGAGAGGAGGGACUGGUCGGUUGGGCUCCAGCAGCAGGUCGGCGUUCUCAGGUAGUCGGAUUGGGUUUGCCUCAUCCUCGAGUUGCCAUGGCGAUGCGGGAUUUGGUGGAGGCAGAAUGUGGGGGAGCCAAUCCCCUCAUGAAGUUGACCAGUCACAUGACCAAGGAAGGGGGGGCAUGGCGGCACCACUCAACACCUACAAUUCCUCCCGCUCCCAUUGAAAUUGCAACUGAAGAAGAGCUGGUGAAUGAGUUCCUUCAGGCUCCCCCCCGCCCCCCACACACAUUUGACAUGGGUCAGCUGUUGGAGGAAAUGCAGCAGAUUGACCAGCAGAGCUACAGACAAGCUCCACAGAGAGCUCCAGAUGUGGCAGCGUUGGCCCUCUCUGGCGAUUGGACGGAGGAGUUCAUCUCCGGUCCUGACUCUGCCUCCGCACCAGGAAUCAUCGCUCUUGGUGAUGCAGCCGAUGCUGAUUGGACAAAAGAAUUUAUUGCAGAGGCUGCAGAUCCCGGUCGCUGGGCGGAGGAGUAUCUGGAGCAGUCAGAGGAGAAGUUGUGGCUGGGAGACCUGGGAGACCAGGAGAAGGAAUGGACAAAGGAGUACCAACCAGGGGAGGAGCUGAAGCAGACAGCCAAUGAGCUUGUCUCAAAAAUUGAAGACCCCAAGUUACAAAACACUGAGUUUCUGCGAUUCAUUAGGCAGAUUGGCGAGGGCAGUGUGACAGUGGAGAGCAGAACAGACAAACAGCUCAAAGAUAAUGCUCAGGCCGCGGAGGCUCAGAACUGGGCCUCCAACCUAAACCAGGUGUCACAGGACUCUGCUGAAGCCUGGGUAGAUGAGUUUGCCACAUCAGGACCAGACUUCCAACAAGCCAAAGCUGCAGUGGAGAGCGAUGUGGACUUCUGGGAGAAGCUGCAGCAGGAGUGGGAGGAGAUGGCCAAGAGGGACGCAGAGAGCCACCCAUGGCUGUCCGACUUCGAUCAACUGCUCAGCUCGUCCUACGACAAGGGCUAUCAAUUUGAAGAGGACAACCCCUAUUUAUCCAACCCUGACCCUUUGUCAGAGGGAGUGAAGAGGAUGGAGGCGGGAGACAUCCCUGGUGCUGUACGCUUCUUUGAAAGUGCCGUACAGAGAGAACCAGAGAACCAGCUGGCGUGGCAAUAUCUGGGAACAUGUCAGGCAGAGAACGAGCAGGAAUUUGCCGCCAUCAGCGCCCUCCGCAGAUGUAUAGAGCUGAAGAACGACAACCUGACCGCUCUGAUGUCGCUGGCUGUCAGUUUUACUAACGAAUCGCUGCACAGGCAGGCCUGUGAGACGCUUCGUGAUUGGCUGAAGCACAACCCAAAAUACCGUUCUGUGUGGGAACAAAAUGAGGGUGAAAGCCGCCAGGAAGGUGCCAGAGAGAAGGAGAAGGAGAGGGAAAGGGAGAAGGAGAGGUUCGGCUCACUGCUUCCAGAAUCUUUGUUUACAGAUGUUCAGUCACUGUUCCUGCAAGCUGCCAACUCCGACCCCGCCCAGGUGGACCCCCAGCUGCAGUGUGGUCUGGGAGUUCUCUUCAACCUCAGCGGGGAGUACGACAAGGCCGUGGACUGUUUCAGCGCCGCUCUGUCCGUCACACCGCAGGACUACCUGCUGUGGAAUAAGUUGGGGGCCACCCUCGCCAAUGGAAGCCGGUCGGAGGAGGCCGUGGCCGCAUACAGGAGAGCUCUGGAGCUGCAGCCCGGUUUCAUUCGCAGUCGCUACAACUUGGGAAUCAGCUGCGUCAACUUAGGGGCUCACAGGGAGGCGGUUGAGCACUUCCUGGAAGCUCUGUCUCUUCAACGCCAGGCCGCCGGGGACGGAGCGAGAGCUGCGAGGGGACCUGGAGGUGCGGCGGCCACCAUGAUGUCCGACAACAUCUGGUCCACCUUACGCAUGGCUCUCAGCAUGAUGGGAGAGAGCCCUCUGUACGCUGCGGCAGACCGCCGGGACUUGGACACGUUGCUGGCUCACUUCUCCCAGAGAGAGGUGGGCGGGGGGACGGAAUGAGGAUCGGCCAGGGGGGGGCUUAUUGAGUGUGAGUGUGUUUUGCUGGGGGGUAAAUGUCCAGGGGACAAGGAAAGGGAAUGAAGGAGAGCAGUAACGGUUACAGAGAAACCGAAGAGGAAGACACUGCAAAUUACCCACCAACCCAGACUUCAUCUUGUGGUCAUGUGACCUCUAUCAAACAUUGCAGUAUUAUUCUCUCCCUGGAAGACGCGGUCAGCAACAAUACAGUCACUUCACUGUAUUUUACAUGUUUGACAGUCCUCAUAUUUCAGCUUAUUCUGUUGAUCUGCAAAACUGGGUUCACCUUUGCCGUUGAUAUAAAAUAAUUUGUACUCUGUUAAGAAUAAUGAUUGAUGCUUUGUGGGAAGUUUAUUAUUAAACUCACGCUCAGUCUUCUUUAUAGCAGGGUUUAGGUUGGAAGUGUAUACUCGCUACGGUUAAGUAGAUUAAAGCUACAAUAUUGAAAGAGUAUUGCUUUUUAUCUAAAGUGCUCCCGGCGUUAGGCCGGUCCAGAGUCCCAAAACUAAUCUGAAGUGCAACAGCGGCUUGUUUUACUGUUAUUUUUUUAAUACGUUAUUUAAUUUUUUUUUGUAAUUGUCAACCAGGAUAGUAAACUGACAACCACUAGGACUUUUAUGGUAUGGUGUGUCUGUGUGCGUGCGUGCGCGUGUGUGUGUGUGUUGGACUGUGUGCGGGAUUCAAUUGGGUACAACUGAUAAUAAGGUCAUAAAAUUGUACUAUCAUUGACAAUGAUUUCUCUGGGCUCCUCCCUUCUCUAAGCUCUUUUUCAUAUCGCUCUUGUAAAACUAUUUUCUUUGUUGUAAAAUAAUGCUAAAUGCCAUAUUGUGUGUUUGUAACAUAAUUGUUGCACUAUAAUUGUGUUCAGGCUAGUUGUAUCCUGACUGCAAUGUUUAAUAUAAUAUUCAGCAAUAAAGCUUUGAUUCCAAUAAUCUGUCACUUAUUUUUCCUGAAAUGAACA